AGCCUGGAAUUCUUCAGGAAAGAGAAAAGCAAGUCGAGUAGAUCCGGGUGAGAAUCGCCGAGGAGAGUAGGAAUUGAAAGUGCAAGUUGGUUGUGGGUGAUAUAUUGGAUUAUAGGUUGCCUCUCUGCUUGAUAUUGGGGACAGUGGAUCAAGAAGUGUUCAAUUGUGUAUCUUAUGUUACAACGUUGGCAGAUUGGAGGGGGGCCUUGAUCAAAGAUAUAUUCAUGUGUCAAUUUAGUAUGUCCGAUUCUAAGUCUGGCUAUAAUUACUUCUUUAAGCCGGGUAUUUUGAUAAGCAGUCGACCAGUGUCCGAUAAUUGGUUUGAUUGGGUGAAAGUAGUAAUGUGGAUUUACGUCCCAUUCAAACUAGCACUCUUCGAGGCCAAACUUACCCAACCGAUACCCUAACCCUCACAGUCACACCCUGGGGCUGUUCGAUCCUGGAAUUGUGCGUUAUUUCUUGGAAGGACAAAGCUCGUGCGUGACUCAUGAAUGGUGUCCACUGUCCAGUGUCCAAUGUCUAAUAGACAGCAUAGACAGUGUCUAUGCUAAUACUGUACCUACUGUAGCGCUGACGUAUUUUGCGUUUCAUUUUCAGAUCAUGCUGCGCCUGGCUGAUGUGUCUAACCAGUGGAGCGGCGUGGUGCGUCUGGGCUUCACCAGCGUCGAUCCGCGCACGCACACCCACGGCCUGCCCAAGUACGCCUGUCCUGAUUUGACCAGCAAGCCUGGUUUCUGGGCCAAGGCGAUGUCGGAGCGCUACGCUGAGCCGGGCUGCGUGUUCUUCUACUACGUCACUGCCGGCGGCGAUGUCCACUUCGGCCUCAACAACGAGGAGAAGGGCAUCUUCUUCUCGGGCGUGGACGUGUCGCGCCCGCUCUGGUGUCUGGUGGACAUCUACGGCAACGCCACCGCCCUCGAGAUCGUCCAGCCGCAGCCGGCGCCUCUGCCCGUGCUUCGGCCGACCAACGAGGAGCUGGAGCGAUGGACGCGACCGGCGCUGGCCGCUCUCACCAUCAACGCUCCACCGCCGCACGCGCAGCAGCCUCCGCUGCCUCUGCCGGCUCCGCAGCCGCAGCCGCCGGCGCUGGCCGUCAAGUACCACACCCACUGCGUCUUCUCCCCGCUGCUGCUGCACCCGCGUGUGCGUGGCCGGAACGUGACCGUCUCGCCGGACCGGACCGUAGCUGCUCGCCUCGAGGGCGAGUUCUGUAACGGCUACGUGUUCGGCCAGCGGCCGCUGCGGCUCGGCGAGCGGCUGGUCGUGCAGGUGCUCUCCCGGUGCAGCCUGUACGUGGGCGGUCUGGCGUUCGGCCUGACCUCGUGUGACCCGUCUCGGCUGACGCCCGCUGAGCUGCCCGAUGAUGCUGACCUGCUGUUGGACCGGCCCGAGUACUGGGUGCUGGCGAAGGAUGUGGCACGCACCCCGGCGCCUGGUGACGAGCUCAGCUUCAAGAUCAACGGCACCGGCGCCGUGGAGUUCUCGAGGAACGGCGGCGCGGCUCAGGUGCUGAUGCACGUGGACGCCUCGCUGGACCUGUGGCCGGUGCUGGAUGUGUUCGGCGGCACCGGCCGGAUCCGCGUGCUCGGCGUCACCUCCGAGCUGACGCCGGGCUGCGCGGCCCCUCCGCCGGUGCGCGCUGGCUCCGAGCACAGUCUGCCGGUGCCGGCGCGGCCGAGCCAGCCGCUGCCGCCGCCGCCGGCCGAGCUGCAGCCGGCCGCCGCCGCCGACUGCGCCGUCUGCUUCGAGCGCGCCUCGGACGCGGCGCUCUACUCGUGCGGCCACGUGUGCAUGUGCUACUGCUGCGCCGUGCAGUGGAAGGCGCGCGGUGGUGCAGUGUGCCCCAUUUGCCGGGCGCCCAUCAGGGACGUGAUCAGGCUCUACCGCAGCUAGGACAGGGCGCGGCGGUACAGAGGGACAACUCGGGACAGUAGGUUGGCGAACUCGCGGACCAGACCGACUGUGGGGUACAGAGUUCCGUCUGUAGUCAGGUGUGGCACUGAGCGAUAGUCAGGACGCCAGACGAGCUCCGGCGGCGCCGCAGAGGACAGGUGGCGCCCCCCACCGAGCAGAGAGUGUAAGAUAGUGAGAGCUGUUCUUCCUCUGGACAGAGCAACAGGCAGCUGGGCUUGCACCGCACGGGAACGGGAGUGGAGUUUGGGAAGUGGGAGUUGAUGUGACAAGUUUGUCGGAGGCGUGAUAUGCUAGUCAAACAAUUGCCUCCUUCCUCACUUAGUGUGCGUGUAUGUGUGUUUUCUGUAUACCAUGUAAGUGUUGUUUCUUCGUACAUCUGUCGUUGACUAGACACUUGCUAAUCUGUUUUCUUCUGCAAGGAAACUAUCCCCUGGUUGAUUCUAGUCGUAGCCAAGAAGUUGACAUAUUAUUUAACGCAAGAGUAUAUAUGCACAUCGUGAUUAUGUUGUGUAUUGUGGGCGCACGCAAUACAUUUUCUACGUAAAUGUA